GUUGCAAAAUGAACAACAUCAAUGUCGUGUACACACCAUGGGCCAAUUUACGGAAAACUGGAGACAUGGACGUGGGUCAGAUUGGAUUUCAUCGGCAGAAAGAUGUAAAAAGUAUAAACGUCGAGAAGAAAAUCAACGAGGUCCUCAAUCGGCUGGAAAAAACCAAAGACGAACGUUAUCCCGACCUGGCGGCAGAAAAAGAAUCUCGGGACAGGGAGGAGAGGAACGAGAAGAAGGCUCAGAUCCAGGAGGUGAAGAAGAAAGAGAAGGAAGAGAUGAGGAAGAAGAAAGAGAUGGAAGAUCUCAGGAAUUACACCUCAUUGAUGAAAUCGGAAAAUAUGUCAACUAAUCAGGAUGGCAAUGAUUCUGAUGACUUCAUGUAAAAUGGGCGGCACCGGUCGUCAUGGAGAUAUACGGACUAUUUUACCUUGGUCGGGGGGACCGUCUGCUCUAUACCGGAAUAAAGAGAAUCUCUGCGUUCAGUACCUGCUUUACCGCUCCAGCCUGACUCAUCUGACGUACGUCCCUCUGGGGCGGGAGGGGAUCGGGUGGGCUGGUGCCAUCUUUCUGUCUCAUGGAGAAUUUGGGUUUGGAGGCCUUCUAGAAGAAGCGGGUUUGAUGGGUCUGAGGAGCUGGCGACCACCAUGCUGUAAAGAUCCGACUUGUUUCCUUUGCUGCAGACCACCCCUGCUCAUAGCGUCGCCGGUGGAGACGUCAUAAUUCCCGCUGUGGCUUUAUAAGGCGCUUGCGGCUGCACAUUGUGAACUCGACCGCCCGUCGGCAGCUCCUGGAAGGAAAGAUUUUAACAUUUUUAAGCCUGCAAUCAUCGGACGUCUCAGAGGAAUCUUAUUUUUUUUUUUUUUUUUAGAUUUCUUUUCUGACAGGUUUUGCACAGUCUCGACAUCACUGACAACAUUGAUCGGCCUCUUCCUGCUGCAUGUCUCCAUUUUGGGUGCAAGGAAUGAGCAAGUUGGCAAAUAAAAUAGUUAUAGUACGA